AGCCCGGCCUCCUGCUGCUGGCCAUCAACACCCUGCGCAAGGACUGCUCCGACCCCAGCCCCGUGCUGCGGGGCCUCGCCCUGCGCAGCCUCUGCAACCUCAGGAUGCCUGGCAUACAAGAGUACAUCCAGCAGCCUAUUCUCAAUGGCCUGCGAGACAAAGCCUCCUAUGUGAGGAGAGUAGCUGUGCUUGGCGCUGCGAAGAUGCAGAAACUCCAAGGUGACGCUGAAGUGGAUGGCGUGCUGGUGAACGAGCUAUACAGUUUGCUUCGGGACCAGGAUCCCAUUGUAGUGGUAAAUUGUCUGAGGGCUCUAGAAGAGAUUCUGAGGCGGGAAGGAGGAGUUGUCAUCAACAAGCCCAUCGCCCACCACCUUCUCAAAAGAAUGUCUGACUUAGACCAGUGGGGACAGAGUGAGGUGCUGGCCUUCCUGCUGCGCUACAAACCCCGCAGUGAGGAAGAACUUUUUGACAUCCUCAGCUUACUAGAUGAAUACCUCAAGAGCAGCAGUCCCAGUGUUGUGAUGGCAGCUACCAAACUCUUCCUGGUGCUGGCCAAGGACUUCCCACAGGUACAGAUAGAUGUGCUGAUUAGAGUGAAGGGGCCGCUGCUGGCUGCCUGCACCUCUGAGAGCCGGGAGCUCUGCUUCACUGCCCUGUGUCAUGUGCGCCAGAUCCUGGGCAGCCUGCCUGGCCACUUCAGCAGCCAUUACAAGAAGUUUUUCUGUUCCUACUCUGAGCCCCACUACAUCAAAUGCCAGAAGAUGCAAGUGCUUUGUGAGCUGGUGAACGAUGAGAAUGUGCAGCAGGUGCUGGAGGAGCUGAAGAGUUACUGCACUGACGUGUCGGCUGAGCUUGCCCAGGCAGCCAUCUUCUCCAUAGGCAGCAUUGCCAGGACGUACACAGAGCAGUGUGUGAGGAUUCUAACAGAGCUCCUAGGGCUUAAGCAAGAACAUAUCAUUUCAGCUGUGGUGCAGGCUUUCCGAGACCUGGUGUGGCUGUGUCCUCAGUGCACUGAAGCUGUGUGCCAGGCUCUGCCCGGCUGUGAGGAGACCAUGCAGGACAGUGAGGGCAAGCAAGCGCUGAUCUGGCUCCUGGGAGUGCAUGGGGAGAGAGUUGCCAAUGCACCCUAUGUUUUGGAGGACUUUGUCGAGAAUGUGAAAUCAGAGAUGUUCCCAGUGGUAAAGAUGGAGUUGCUGACAGCUCUGGUCCGACUCUUCCUGUUUCGUCCUGCAGAAUGUCAGGACAUUCUUGGGCGACUGCUCUACUACUGCAUAGAGGAAGAGACUGAAAUGGUGGUACGAGAUCGGGGGCUAUUCUACUAUCGUCUCUUACAAGCUGGUGUAGAAGAAGCAAAGCGGGUUCUGUGCAGCCCCAAGUCUGAGCCCUCCCUGGGGCUCCUGGCAGAUCAGACUGAGCAACCUGUGAACAACUGGGCUUCUGAGUUUAACACAUUGGUGCCUGUAUAUGGGAAAGCAUGUUGGACUGUUGUCACUGCUAACUGGGCAACAGAACCUCACUGUAGAGGCUUUCCCUGUGCUCCUCCCGUGACUGCAGGAACAGAGUCACUGAUUUUGGCCGGGAAUAAGGAAGUUCUUCAGGUUCAUUCGGACGUGGGUGGCUUGACUUUAAUCCCCAGGGCGAACUUGACAGCAGAGGAAUUUGAGAAGACCUGGCUGAGUCUAGAUGUGAGCUGCCAGCAGGUUCUGCCCUGGCAUGGAGCUGCUCAGCCAGAUACCAUACAGGCUGCACUUCAGGUCGUCCACAUUCAGACUAUUGCUCUGAGCAAAGCUGGUGCCCAGCCAUGGAAAGCCUAUCUCAGUGCCCAGGACGAGUCUGGCUGUCUCUUCCUCGCAGAACUGCUGCUCGAGGCCGAGAGCUCAGAGAUGCAGGUUUCAGUGAAGCAGAGUGAGGAGAGGACUGAAGCACUGCAACUCUUUAUCUCAGUGUUAAGAACUGUAAUGGGGACCAUCCUAGGGCUGAAAUCCUGAUUACUCUAAGGCCUUGUUUCUUAAACUGUGUUGCGUGGAGAACUCAGGUGUGCCGCGACCGUCUGAGGAAAAAUAACGGCCGCUAGACCCUCUGAGACGCGGCGAGUGGAGUGCAGGGUGGAAGAGGUGAGCGAGCGGUGACGCGGCUGGAAAUGAGGCGGGGCUACCUGCGCUCCUCCUCACGUACUUCUGCGCCUGGCUUGCAAUUGCCUGGGAAAGCUCCGCACCUCGGUUGCUUGCACCCCUUGCCAGAGAGGAGUAGCAUUGCAGGGCCAGCUGUGAUUGGCUGUCUCCGCUGCUGGUCUGGGAAUCCUGCCUGCCAGCUGAGAGAUCUGCCCUACAGCCGCCACCCCAACCGGGUCUUUGAACCACUGCCUUUAGCCCUCACUUGUUACCCAGGACAGCUGAGGGGGGGCCAGAUACAAUGUUCCUUCUUUGUUGGACUUUUUCUUUAUUUAAUGGAUAGCGAUUGACAGGUUACGUUUGGGAUACUUAGAUUAAAAAAGAUGUUCCACGUUUCAAAAAAUGCUUAAAUUAUCAUUGGGCAGUUAGCGAAUAUUGUCAUCAAUAAAAGUGUCGUCUGGUGUUCAAGGGGCA